GCCUCUCAUUUCCACACUCUCCAUGAAUCAAACAAACACUUGUAAGAGAGACCCUUCUUCUCCCCUGUUUCUGAGAAGAAGUUUCAGAGCAAAAUGGCCAUAAGAAAAUCCACGAAGCUACCCCAAGCAGAAGUGAUAAAGCAAAUAGUGAGAAGGUGUUCAAGUUUUGGAAAGAAACAUGGGUACGAUGAAGAGGGUCUUCCUGAGGAUGUUCCAAAAGGGCACUUUGCAGUGUAUGUUGGUGAAAACAGGACAAGAUAUAUUGUCCCAAUUUCAUGGUUGGCUCAUCCACAGUUUCAAACUCUUCUCCAAAGAGCUGAAGAGGAAUUUGGCUUCAAUCAUGACAUGGGUCUUACCAUCCCAUGUGAUGAACUGGUUUUUGAGUUUCUUACCUCAAUGAUUAGGUCAUAAUUUACCAACUACCAUUUUCUAUGCAACAAAUAACAUUUUCACUUUUGCUUUUCUAAUUGUAUAUAACUUCCUUCCUGCAUGUCUUCAUUAGGGUGCCACUUCUAAAAAGUGAGUUUUAAGUUUAUUUAAUCUUUUUUUUAGGUUCAAAAAGUGAAUCCUCUCUUUCUUUUCACUGUAGUUUGGCUUCGUAAAUGAAAAAUCAAAGACCAGUGAUUAAUUUCCUCCCAGACAUUCAAAUGUCCCGUGCGGGAAAGAAUUAUUGGUUCUUUGUCAUUUUUUUUCAAAGUUGCAUGGCUGAGUUCGAAUGCCACGAUCGAUGUUAUUAAUCCGUGUAUGGUCCGUGUAUAUCAUAAAUUUUUUUUUUUAAAUAUUAGAAUAUCGAUGUGACAAUACCUGUAAAGUCAAAUACAGUUUCAUCAAUGAUUAUGU